CAAGAAGAAGGAGAAGGUGGUGAAUCGGCCCUGGCUAACGAUACCCUCCCGGGAGAAAACCAAACGGAGGAGGACACUUCAGGGCUACUCCUGCGAGUAGCGAUGGCCUCUCUGUUGCUGCUCCUCAUCCUCUCCACCUUGCUGGGCAACACCCUCGUGUGUGCAGCGGUGAUCAAGUUCAGGCACCUGCGCUUGAAGGUCACCAACUCCUUCGUCAUCUCUCUCGCCGUCUCUGACCUCUUUGUGGCCGUGCUUGUGAUGCCUUGGAAAGCAGCCGCCGAAGUGGUUGGCUUCUGGCCCUUUGGCUACUUCUGUGACGUUUGGGUGGCGUUCGAUAUCAUGUGCUCCACGGCUUCUAUCUUGAACCUCUGCCUCAUCAGCAUGGACCGCUACUGGGCCAUCUCCAGCCCCUUCAUCUAUGAGCGGAAGAUGACCCAGCAGAUGGCUUUUGUGAUGAUUGGGGUGGCUUGGAUGCUGUCCGUCUUGAUCUCGUUCAUACCUGUCCAGCUGCGGUGGCAUAAAGCUAGCGAGGCGGUUCCUGCCCGUGAGGGAGAGUCCAAUGCCACCUGGAUUCCGGAGGAAAGCUGUGAUUCCAGCCUCAAUAGGACGUACGCGAUUUCCUCCUCUCUCAUCAGCUUCUACAUUCCUGUUGCUAUCAUGAUUGUGACAUACACCAGGAUCUUCCGCAUUGCUCAGCGGCAGAUACGGAGGAUCUCCUCUCUGGAGAGGGCCGUGGAGCAUGCCCAGAGCUGCCAGAGCGAGGAGUGUCCCCAUGACAUCUCCUUGAAGAACUCCUUCAAGAAAGAAACCAAGGUCCUCAAGACGCUUUCCGUCAUCAUGGGUGUCUUCGUCUUCUGCUGGCUCCCUUUCUUCGUGCUCAACUGCAUGGUGCCUUUCUGUGACCACGGUCUGCAGAUGCUUGGAGGACUUCCCUGCGUCAGCGACACUGUCUUCGACGUCUUCGUUUGGUUUGGCUGGGCCAACUCCUCCCUCAACCCCAUCAUCUAUGCCUUCAAUGCUGACUUCCGGAAGGCCUUUGCCUCCAUCGUGGGCUGUGGACGCUUCUGCCCUAGCAAUGCCGUGGAGACGGUGAAUUUCAGCAACGAGCUGGUGUCGUACCAUCAUGACACCACUUGCCAGAAGGAGCUGGUGACUCUGAGCUACCCGCACCUUCUCCCCCAUGCCGCUGCCUUCCAAGGGGAAGACAACACUCUUGUGUUUGACAAAGACUCCCAGUCCUCUCGUGACGAUGAUGCUGCUGUUUUGUCAGCUAUUGUGAAUGUGGAGGAUGAGAUGGAGCUCUCGCUUGAGAAGACCAGUCCCUUUGCCCCUAAGGAGUAAAUGAAAGACUGGUGGUGGUUUUGGUAGGGAGAGAACGGGGGUGCAUUUCCUCGUUUGCAUCUAGUCAAAACUCUGCGAAAUGUGUGCAAAGGAGACGGGUGGGCAGAGAAUAAAAGUUUUUGUAGGAAAUGAUCAGCUUCUGCCUGGAAAAGCGUUUGUAUGCAUCUGAUUGAUAAGUUUGCAGACAGUCUUCUGAGUCUGUGUGGAUGUA